AGAAAAUACAUCAAACCAAGUGCAGUACUACCCACCCUUUCAAAAUCCCAAUCUAGCUAACAUUUUUACAAUGGGCACACUUUUCUCUUCUUUGGCACUUUUCUUGACUAUCUUGCUGCAUACUCAUCCAGGAGGCGAAGCUGCCGUGGGUGUCAACUACGGCGUGGUCGCAAACAACCUUCCACCGCCUCCCGCGCCUUGGACAAAUCGGAAUCACCAAAAUUAGGAUUUUCGACCCCGAAAGCACCAUCCUCACCGCCUUACACGCCUCCGACAUCUCAGUAAUCAUCGGAACCAAAAAUAAAGACCUUCAACCCCUCGCCACCCACAAAUCCGCCGCGAAGCCGAUCAUGGCUCAGAUCGUGAAAUUCCUGCAGUCGGAGAAGUACCCUCUGUUUCUCCAAGUGUUCCCUUACUUCGCACGUGUGAAUUACCCGGCCGACGUGGAUCUCGACUUCGCGCUUUUCCGCCCGGGAAAGACGGUUGUUCGAGACGGCGCGAGGACUUACCUCAACCUGUUCGAUUCGAUGACAGAUGCGGCGUACGCGGCGUUGGAGAAGGUCGGGGCCGGGGACGUGGAGAUCGUCGUGACGGAGACCGGGUGGCCGAGUGACGGAGGGAAGGACGCGGGAGUGGCAAAUGCUCAAACGUACGUGAAGAAUUUGAUUGCCUACGUGGCGUCUGGUAAGGGGACGCCACGGAGGCCGGGGAAGCAGGUGGAGGCCUACAUAUUCGCGUUGUUUAACGAGAAUAUGAAGCCGGCGGGGGUAGAGCAACAUUGGGGUUUGUUUUACCCCAAUCUUACUCCGGUUUAUACUAUUAAUAGGAUUGGUUGAUAUUAAUAAGAUGUAUUUCUUGAUCUACUUAUUUGGAAGGAAGCAGCUUGAACACAUUCAAAUUUAAGACUUUAUAAGAUAAAGUAUUACUACUA